UGCUUUCACUUCAAACAAAAUGAGACGCGCGUCCGUCCGCCCAUCGACCGACCAGUCGCCUAUUGCCAGCUGAUUCCGCGCAACAACGGACGCGGCCGAAUUCAAAAAAUUCAACAAAAAAAAAACUCCAAAAGUGUGUCGAAACGUUUGUGUACCUGAACUGUUAUUAAAAAGAAGUCCAACCGACUUCAAAACAAAAAAAAAUAACAACUAGACUCGAAUGAAAAAGAAAAUGGCUCAGCGAAUUUUCAAAACAUUCCUCGUCUUCUGCUUUACUAUCAUCUGUCACAAUGGAGAGGCUGCGGAGAAUGAUAACACACUCACUCUGCCGGAAUACCUACUGCCAUGCAGCCGGAGCGAUCCCCAACUAGACUCUUGCAUCAAAAGGUCCUUCAACCACUUACGGCCGUACCUCGCGAGGGGUCUGCCAGACCUGGACGUACCGGCAGUGGAACCCUUGCUGAUAGACCGGCUGACGAUGGAGAACGAAGCUGGCCCAGUACGAGUACGAGCGACAUUCAGCAACAUCACCGUGAUCGGACCUAGCAAUUACACUGUUACUAAAAUCAGAUCAGAUCUGAGGAAGCUGCGUAUUGACAUGGGGCUGGUGCUGCCCCGCAUUGAAGUGAGCGGCCGCUACGAAGUGUCCGGGCAGGUGCUGCUGUUCCCUGUACGCUCUCAGGGUGACUUCUGGGCUUCAUUCAACGACGUGGUGGCAAUAAUAAAGAUUUUCGGCAAAGAGAUCGAGAGGCAGGCUGUGAAGUACAUGACCGCUGACCGCAUGCAGGUGGACUUUAAGCUGAAAAGCUCACGCUUCAAGGUCAGGGACACCGUAAAUCACGGCAGUGUUAUUGGAGAGGCGAUGAAUCAAUUCUUAAAUAACAAUGCUGCUGAAAUCAUUGACGAGAUGAGACCGGCAGCUUCCGCAGCCAUCGCGAAGCACUUCCGCGUCUUCCUCAACGCUGCCUUCGAGAGAAUACCGAUCGAUGUUUGGCUCACGGCCUAGUGAAGUGAUGUGAUCAGUGACUUUAAAGUACAAGAUAAGGUAAAAGUAUCACAUUCUCUUUCAAAAAGAAUGUCUAGUAAUCAUCAAAUUUUGUUAAAUCAAAUGUUCUAGCAUUUAAAUAUUUUUGAUGAUGUGUUAUGGGAUAUGACUUUGCUAGUAUGAAGUUGUGUAUGUCACACUCUUUUGUUUUGUGCACAAAGGAGUAUCUGGUAUGGUGUUUUAACAAUAUUUGAUCAUUUAUUUCAUGUAGAACAACUUGUGCCACUAAUGCUACAUCAAGAUUCAGUGCCCAAGAAUGCGCUUAGUAUUUUUGAUUGGUUACAAAAGUUACAGCUUUUCAAAAUUCUGUGAUCAUAACAUUAAUUUUUAUAUUACAUUAAUGUCUCAACAAUGUUUUUUGAAGGUAAAAUAAUUGCAUUAAUCCUACUGAAAUUGAAGGCGAAAAAUCUUGUACUUGAGACUAAUGUUAAGCUUUAUUAUUUAUUUAGUAAAAUAAGGUAUUUUAUAAAUACAAUUUAUUUGAUUAUAGUAACGUUAAGACGUUGUGAUGAUUAUAGAAUUACUAAGUACAAGUAUUCGUGAUAUUAUUAACGCAAUAAAUAAUUUCAUAACUAUA